ACCAGAGAUUGUACACAGUGUACAGCUGUGGAAAUCAGCAGCUGGAAACUAUUGAGGAAAGUACAUGAGAGUAUUUAGUUUAAGGGACAGAAACGGCGCCGUGUGGCUUUACAGUCUGAUCAGGAGGGUUGAGAGUCAUCUGUGAGGGACGUUUGAGUCGACCUAAGUGAUCAAAGAAAGAAAAGCGGGCAGACGGAGCUGCAGACGGAGAAACGGUCACACAUCAUCGCUUAAGACUUCAGGCAGCACUGUAGACACUAACAUACAGUGAUGGAGGGAACUGGAGACCUGAAGCAGGAUUCUUACCAGCCUGGGGAUGGGGUUCUGCAGAGAGCCUUAGAGAGACAUAAAAACAGCAUGAAGAACAAGUAUGAGAGCUUAUUUGAGGGAAUCAAAACGAAAGAGAAUAAAACUCUCCUGAAUAGAAUUUACACAGAACUGUACAUCAUAGAGAAAGAGAAUGAAGGAAAGAAUGAAGGACAUGAGGUUCUGCAGUUGGAGAGAAAACCCAGAAAGCACUUCCAAGGCACUCCAAUCAACUGCUUAGACAUCUUUAAACCUCUGCAAGGUCCUAAAGGAGAAAGAGAGGACGAGAACAGUAGAGCUGCAAUGACCAAAGGCAUCAAACUCCAAGAAAGAACAAAAGAUGAAGAAUCAAAAGUUCAAAAUCUCAGAGCUGUUCUGACUAAAGGCAUUGCUGGAAUUGGAAAAACUGUCUCUGUGCAGAAGUUCAUUCUGGACUGGGCUGAAGGAAAAGCCAAUCAGGAUGUAGGGCUCAUGUUUGUGCUUCCGUUCCGGGAGCUGAACUUGAUUAAAGAUGAUCAAUACAGUCUUUAUGGACUUCUGUGUGACUUCCAUCCUGAGCUCAAAGAUCUGGACCCAAAGAUCUAUGAUCAGCUCAAAGCUGUGUUUAUAUUUGAUGGUCUGGAUGAAAGCAGAAUUCCACUGAACUUUGAAGAGUGUGAGAAAGUAUCUGACAUCACCAUGACAUCAUCAGUGGAUGUGUUGAUGAUGAACCUCAUCAAAGGAGAGCUGCUUCCCUCUGCUCUAAUCUGGAUAACUUCCCGACCAGCAGCAGCCAAUCAGAUCCCUCCUGAACACAUCAACCGUAUGACAGAAAUUCAGGGAUUCAGUGACCCACAGAAGGAGGAGUACUUCAGGAAGAGGAUCAGUGAUGAAGACCAAGCCCAGAGAAUCAUCUCCCACAUUAAGACAGUGAGGAGCCUCCACAUCAUGUGUGACAUUCCAGUCUUCUGCUGGAUCUCAGCCACUAUCUUUCAGCAAAUCAUGAAUCAAUGUAAUACAAAAGUCCCUAAAACUCUGACUGAAAUGUACUCACACUUCCUGAUCACUCAGACAACCAUGAAGAGUGAGAAGUAUGAGCAGAAAGAUGAGAGAGAUCCAAAGAAGCUGCUGGAGUCCAACAGAACCGUUCUUCUGAAACUGGCUGAACUGGCUUUCAAACAGCUGAUGAAGGGCAAUGUGAUGUUCUACGAAGAGGACCUCAGAGAGUGUGGCAUUGAUGUCACUGAGGCCUCAGUGUAUUCUGGGAUUUUCACUGAGAUCUUUAGGGAGGAAUGUGUGCUUUACCAGAGGAAGGUGUACUGCUUUGUUCAUCUGAGCUUUCAGGAGUUUCUGGCUGCUGUUUUUGUGUUUCACUGCUAUGAGAGCAAAAACAUGGAGAUACUGCAGUGGUUUAAAACAUGGCGCAGAGAGUGGUCUGAGAGUGUUACACUGGAUGAGCUGCUGAUGGGAGCAGUGGAUAAAGCCUUAGAGAGUGAGAAUGGACUUCUGGAUCUUUUCCUACGAUUCCUGCUGGGCAUCUCACUGGCGUCCAAUCAGAGACUCCUACAGGGCCUGCUGACACAUGUACAGAGCAACCCGGAGAAAAUGACAGAAUACAUCAAGCAACUAAUAAAGAGAGAUGGAGAAUACAUUUCGACUGAUGGAUCUAUAAAUCUUUUCCUUUGUCUAUGUGAAAUGAAUGACCAGUCUCUCUCCAGGGAGAUUCAGGAAUAUCUCAAAUCAGACAAACUCUCACAUAAAGAUCUCUCACCUGCACAGUGCUCAAUGCUAGCCUAUAUGCUGCUGAUCACAGACGAGGUGCUGGAUGAGUUGGACCUGAAAAAAAUCACAUCACAUGAAGGUUAUAAGAGGCUCAUUCCAGCUGUGAGUCUCUGCAAAAAAGCUUUACUAGAUGAGUGUUUUCUCGAAGAGGAGUCCUAUGAAACUCUCUGCUCUGCUCUACAAUCUGCAACCUGUCCACUGAAAGAACUGCACCUCAGUAAUAGUACCCUGCUGGAUUCAGAAGUAGAGCUGCUCUCUGUUGGACUAAAGAGUUCACAUUGUAAACUGGAAAUACUUAGACUUGGUAGAUGUUUUAUCAAGACAAACAACUGUGAAAAAUUAGCAUCAGCUUUACAAUCAGUAAACUCCACCCUGAAAGAUCUGGACCUCAGUAACAAUUUGCUGUAUGACUCUGGAUUGGAGCUGCUUUCCACUGGACUAAAGAGUCCACACUGUAAACUGGAGAGACUCAGGUUAGCAAGCUGUUAUCUCACCACAAACUCCUGUGAAAUACUAUCAACAGUUCUACAGUCAGGAAACUCCUUCUUGAAAGAUCUGGACCUCACUUACAACAACCUACAGGACUCAGGAAUGGAGCUCCUCUCUGCUGCACUGAGGAGUUCACACUGUAAACUGAAGACACUCAGUCUAGUUACCUGUAAUCUUGGGGAAAAGGCUUGUGAAUACCUGGGAUCAGCUUUACAAUCAGCAAGCUCCUUAAAAGAACUAGACCUCAGUAACAAUGAACUGCAGGAUUCAGGAGUGGAGCUGCUCUCUGUGGGACUGAAGAGUUCACAAUGUAAACUGGGGAUACUCAGAUUGUCUGGUUGUAUGGUUACAGAUGAGGGCUGUUCUUCUCUAGCUUCAGCUCUGAAAUCAAAGCUUUCCCACUUGAGAGAACUGGAUCUGACCUAUAAUAACCCAGGAGAGUCUGGAGUGAAGCUGCUCACUGAUCUACUGGAAGAUCCACACUGCAGGCUGGAGACACUCAGGGUGGAACAUGCCGGGAAGAUCAGGAUGAGCCCUGGAGUAAAGAAAUAUGCCUGUGAGCUCACGUUGGACCCCAACACAGCACAUGUGUCUAUCUCUCUGUCUGAGGGGAAAAGAAAGGUGAUGCAUGGGAAAGAGCCACAGCCGUAUCCGGAUCAUCCAGACAGAUUUAAACGUAAUCCACAGGUUCUGUGUAGAGAAAGUCUGACUGGACGCUGCUACUGGGAGGUUGAGUGGAGUAGGGGUGUUCACAUAGCUGUGGUGUACAGAAGGAAAAGAUGCGGUGAGCAUUGGUUUGGAUGGUAUGACAAAUUUUGGUCUCUGUGCUGUGACGAUGACGAGUAUGGUGUAAAAUACAUUGACAUGUACAGUUUGACUACUGGAAGAAUAUUUGACCCCCUUCCCUCCGGCUCCCACAGAGUAGGAGUGUAUCUGGACUGGCCGGCCGGGAUUCUGUCCUUCUACAGAGUCUCACCGGACACGCAGACACUGACUCACAUACACACAUUCCACGUCAUGUUCAAUGAGCCGCUCUAUGCUGGGUUUAGCUUUUGGGCUGACUCCUCGGUGCGUUUGUGUGAGAGUCUCCUCAGUUCUGGAGAACAACCUCCAGAGAACACAUACUUUUUCAAGUAUUGCAGGUAAUGUACAGUGUAGUGCUCUCAAAGUUAACACAUACUAAUAACUCGUUAACAUAAUACAUUAUUAAUGCUACUACUUAGUUUAAUGUUGUUAACACAUUUUCCUAGUUUAACCAUCUGUAGUUUUACUGUGAGGGGCUUUGUCUGCUGCUGCUGACUCAGAGACUCCAUCGAUGGCACUCUUGAUAAACUUACUCCCAUCUACUGCAAUGAUACAUUUGUUUAUCGCUUAAGUCCAUUGAGUCUGAAGUAUCAUUUAAAAAAAAAAAAAGGAGUGCUAAUGCAGAAAUAUCAGUAAUAUUAUUAAUU